AUGAAUUCAUUGUUUACAUUCGACGUGAAGAACAGAUAUUCUAGAAGCUGCCCUAAUAUUUCAUUGGUCGGCGCAAGGCUUUCUUUUCCUGGGCGGGUGGGGGGCUUCUUUUGUUUAUCUCACCACACCGUCGACGCCCUCACACUAACCCUAAAAGCACAAUUGUUUGCUACCUCACUCACCUUUCCGCCACACGACCGCCUGAUCCAGAUCCUUCGUGACAGUCAAGAACUCUCUCAUCAUCAUCAACUAUUACUUCUACUAUUGUGGUCUUUGGUUAGCACACGUGAUGGCUGGGGGUUCUGAUAUUGAGUCAUUUGCCCGUCAACUGCUGCAGGACUACGAGAAUAUCUUGCCCUCCCACCGAGAGAUAAAAUUCGUGGAUUUUGACCGAGCUCGCAGCGAUGGAUUCACGGAACGGAAGGAAAAACUUCUUUUGGUGGGUGAUCUCCACAGUGGAAUUGACUCUGAUCAGCGGUGGAAUGUGUACGCCUACAUUAACCACCAAGGGCUCACAGCAUAUGUCCUUGAACGGAUGGACUGGCAUGUAUAUGAACCAAUAGGAUCGGAGAGGAAGAAAAGUAUCGCAUUCCGAGCCCCCUUCGACGUUGUAAGAUACUUUCCAAGCUUCCCGCACCAGGAGCUGGAUGCAUUGGUAAAGUUGUACUUCGUUGCAGCGGGGUUCGAGCAUGUGGUCAACGAUGAAUCUUUCCGAAACCGAGUCAACAGGGCAUGCCAUGACAUGAGAAUUGUUAUUGCAAUUAGGCCUGGGGCGCAGACUGUGCAAGCCCAUCAAUCCUCGAUUACCGUCAACACUAAGCCAGCCCCCAUCAUCUCGUUACGACCAAAGACACCGCAAGUGGCAUCAACGACGCCGAAUGCCACCAGAUAUAAAAACAAACGGGAUUUACGAGGUAAGCUUAUUGCAAGGCCUUUAUCUCUGUUCAAAUUGGUUCCAAUAGAACUGACCUUAUUUAUAGGCAAGGAACGCACACGCCGCAACCAAAUUUCGGAGGUCGUGGACCUUGCCGAAGAUGACGAAAAUGACGAAGAAGACGAAGAGGACGAAGAUGACGAUAGAGAAUCUGGGAAACGGAAUCGUAUUAUCGAUUUGUCAUCGCUAUCUGGAGACGAUACCGACACAUUUCCUUCCCCACCGGCAGGGGUCGGCGACCGCGAGUACCAACCGCCUUGGACACGGUCUAGAAAUAAACCCCCUCGUCGUCCGAGUUAUGACUUGGAAGCUGCUACUCAAGAGUAUCACCAUUUCAUUGCCGAACACAUCAAAAACAAAGUAGCAACUACAUUGGAUCAGGAGAAGAAGCAGCUAAAGGAGAAGAUACAGCUGCUUUCCUCCGAGGUGGUGGAAUUGAAAAGGAAGAGAGAGAUGGGGAUUCAGAAAGAAAUUGAAAACUUGACGGAAAAGUUGAAGGAAGCGGAAUCAAGAGCAGAGCGAGCCGAAGAGAGCAUCAAAAAAGUCAAAAUGGAUGCUUCGAGUGAUAAGAUCUAUCGAGAUCAUACAGAGCGCAUGAGGGAAAUGGAAAACAGUAGGGCAAACAGGGAAAGCCAGAAGGCUAAGGACCAAACUAAAAGAGCUGAAAAGGCUGAGGCACGGGUUGCAAGGUACAAGAAAAAAUUGGCAAGCAUCCAGGCAACGAACUCGGAUGAUGAGGGUUAA